AUGUGGAAACAAUCUCAACAUCGCUCUUGCCAGAGGUUUCUACUACCAUCACUAGGAAUCGUUCUUCUCUUUACUGUCCAUAUAUUAUGGCUGAACCCUAUUGCUCAAGCUCCACUUCCCGUCUCUCAGGAUAACCUCUGGCAAAACCUGCACGCCUUGCUCGAGAAACAUGAGCCGCAGUGCCCGUCUCCGAAUUUACUCGGCCGCACCGCAGGAAUACCUAGAUUUGAUGCAAACGACGAGUCGCCUCGAAUAGACCUUAUAGUGAACUCAGACGAGCUUCAACAGCCGCUGCGGGCAGCGCAUGACGGGUUCGUGCGCGACAUGCAACCGCUCAAGGCCAUUCGCGCAUACCAUCCCCGAACUAAAGGGAUCGUGUCUGCAGCGGGAGGAAAAUACCUGCCCACGUUUCUGGUGUCACUGCACCUGCUCCGACGGACGGGAUCAAAACUUCCCGUGGAGCUGUUUUUGAAGGAUUGGACGGAGUACGAGCCGUAUAUCUGCGAGAUUGUACUACCACCACUAAAUGCCAAAUGCGUUGUCUUGUCAGUAGUAUUGUCCAGUCUGGACAGCGGUGAUUCCAGCUAUCCAAUAGAGGGAUAUCAAAUCAAGUCGUUCGCCAUCUUGUUUUCUUCGUUUGAGAGAGUCAUCUGGAUAGACGCCGAUAUUCUCCUUCUAGAUGACCCAGCUCGACUUCUCGACUGCGAACCUUUCUCCUCGUCUGGCCUCCUCACUUGGCCUGAUUUCUGGAAGAACACCGCCUCCCCCCUCUACUUUAACAUAUCUCGUCAACCUGAACCCCCCAACAACGCCCGCCAAGCGACAGAAGCAGGUGUAGUCCUCGUCUCGAAAAAGACCCACUACAUGACCCUCAUCUUGGCCGCCUACUACAACUACCACGGUCCCUCCUAUUACUACCCCCUUCUCGACCAAGGCGCCCCCGGAGAAGGCGACAAGGACACGUUCCUCCAUGCAGCCACUGCGCUUGGCGCCAAAUACCAUACCGUCAGCGAGACUGUUGCAGACCUCGGUCAUCCUGAUCGCUGGAAUCGGGGCAUCAUCGGCGCUGCUAUGUUGCAGGCUGAUCCAAGGGAAGAUUAUGCGCUUACGCAGCGCGGUAAGUGGCGGGUGAGAGACCCGUCUGUGGCAAAGCCUGCCCGUGGCUUUUUCAUUCAUUCCUAUAAUCCCAAAUUUAAUGCUGCUGCGUUGUUGGCGAGUGAGAAGUCACGGACUAAAGAUGGGGAUCCGAGUCGGUUGUGGACGAGUUCGAAGGAGACGCUGGAACGUCUUGGAUACGAUGCCGAGAGGACGUUAUGGCAGGAGGUGAAGAAGGUUACUUGUAGUUUGGAGCAUGCUUUUGAUGCUUGGAAGUCGAAGUCGGGACUUUGUGAGGGUGUUCAGAACCAUUGGGACGCUGUCUUUGAGGAUGCAUCGGCGGAGGUUCCGAAGUUUACGAUGACCUGA